AUGCCUCAAGCACGAGCUUCAACCGCUCGGCAUCUUCCCUACCAAUAUUCGGAUGGUCAUUCGACGAUGCCUCAAGCACGAGCUUCAACCGCUCGGCAAGUCUCCUACCAAUAUUUGCAUGGCUAUUCGACGGUGCCUCAAACACCUACUGCGAUUGCUCAGCAGAUCUUUCGCCAACGCCUGAAUGGUGCUCCAGAAGUUGAUCCGAACUUCACAGAUAGUGCUUCGAGGUCGGUGGGAUCGUCCCGUUCAAAGACUCUGGAGAUUGAUCCGCAAGAAGAUUCAAUUGGGACCCAAUCGGAACACAUUACAGAUGAAAACGAAAAAAAUUUAAGAAAUAUUGUGAAAUUGUUGAUACGGAAAAUCUCUGAGUAUGAUUUAGGCCGAUUAUCGAAGAGUUUCAACUGCAAACCUGUUUACCGUGCUUUGGCUGGAUGCAAUGGUGUUUAUUUUCUUCAAUCAAUGUUGGAUCAAGGAUUGCGCACGAAGUUGGAGAGUCUUUGUAAAUGCCUUCAGAAAAUCGAUCUGAGCAAAUUCCAUACUGAAGGUUCACGAAAAGAGAAUCAAGAGUCUGCUGUAGAUUUGGUCAAACAGCUCAUUGCAAGACCAGGCAAGGUUCCCACAGAUGCCGAGGCUUUGACUCUUGUCGAUGGAUUAAAGACUCCAGAAGGACGUGCAUUUCUCAGAAAUUCCCCAAAGCUCCUCGACGAUUCCUGUACAAAGAAAGUUUGGUUCCACAUGCUCAACUUUGCGAGUGAAUUCUUAUGCGCUUCGCGGUUCGAAAUAGAGAAAAUUCCGCGCAGAACUUGGGAUUACACUGAUCCCUUGAUUCAACAACUCGUUAAAGUUUUUGCAUCGCAAUCUGGAUUCAAAGCAUUCAAGCGUUUACUCUUAUACGACCAGUAUGCUGAACUCUUAGGUCCGUUCCUCGAAGACUUCCUCGAGUCUGAGAUUCAGUCAAACCUAGCCUUCUUUGCGGCAAUUAGCUCGGAUACACGAUCCCUAAAUGCUGUUUUUGACGCACUAUGGACUAAGCCAGGUGUGUUUUUUGUUUGUGCCUGUAAUAAACAGGACCAAGUACCAAAGCCUUGGAUUAGACGUUUCCGUAGACCCAACAUUCUAGAAACUCCGGCUCAUGGCGUGAUUGUUACAGACGGUGGUUGUCUCAGAACUCGGUAUCAGGCAUACGAAUCGCGUAACGUUCCACGAAGAUCGUCUCUUUGUCCAGAUUGGCAGAAGCAGUUUUUUCACGUAGCGCGUAAUGAUACUGACCUCCUAACAGCCAGUCAUAUCGUAAGGAUACGCAACCACUCCACAAUUGUGUUAAUUGAAAGUACUCGCAAAGACCUUCAAGUCUCAGCUGCUCAUUUGACUGAAGUUAUUUCAAUCAUCGAAUGUCAAUCGGAAUUCCUCAAAGCAAUGUAUACAAAAACUGAAGGUUUCAUCGAAGAAAACUGCGAAGCCCUCGUUGCUAUGAAGAAUGGCGAUAUAGUUACCUUUAAACCCGCAGAAUUCUUGGAUCUUGCUGAAGAGUGGGAGCAGGGUUACACGAGCUUAGUCGAACAGAAUAUUGCUUCUCUUGUAGAAAAAUUCGUUCUUGAUGAUUUGAGAAGUAUGACUUCACAGGCGCUUCGAGAACUUACCGAAUUUAAUACUGAGACACAAACGCGUUUUUCAUUGUUUUUGAAGAAUACAAGGUACAUUGUACAUGUUCUCGAAGGUGGACGUCUUUAUUUUGAAUGGCGAAGAAAUGCAGGACGAAAAACCAUUCAUGAAGGUCCAAUUUUCUUGAUGGAUGAUGCCAAUUCUACUAAGAAUGUCAAGUCUACUGUUGCUUCUAUUCAAAAUGGCCUACUGAUAUUUAAGGACAAUGACGGUAGUUCCGCGUGGGAACUGAAGUUUAGUAGAUUUCUGGACGAAAGGCUCAUGAAUGAGUUUCUCAUGACAUGGUCCGAAGAACUACUCGAAGAACCCUCUCCUCUUCUUGAUUGGGUUGGUGAUGCUGAAAUUGCUCAGCUGGGAACAUUGUUGUUUCGGCCUGGCCAUGUGAAUAUUCCAUUUUUGACGCCAACUGAUUGA